AAGAGUCACAGAUCCAUGAAGCCAGUGACCUCUGACCCCAGUAUCAGCAAGAGCAAGACACCAAGAUCAGAGUCUCCAGAACCCAGUGGUGUGUCUGUGAAGAGCAGCAGAUCCAUGGAGAUACCUGUUAGAUUCAGUGAUGUAAAAGAGAGACAUGAGCUGAAAAGAUCUGUACAUUUUUCGGGAUCUCACAUCAGGCAGGAAAGAACUGAAACAGUCCUACAGAAACACACACUGGAGACUGGAGACCUGCAGAGAGUCAAAGACCAGCACAAAACCAGCAUGAAGAUCAAGUAUGAGAGAUUAUUUGAGGGAAUGAAACUCCAGGAAAAUGAAACUCUCCUGAACAGGAUCUACACACAGCUCUACAUCAUAGAGGGAGAGAGAGAAGGAGUGAAUGAAGAACAUGAGGUUUUACAGAUGGAGAAAACAUCCAGAAAACAAAUCUCACAAGACAUUGCAAUUGACUGCAAUGACAUCUUUAAAGCCUCCUCUGAAGCAGGAUGUGAGGAGAAAGAUCAGAUCAAGACUGUUCUUACUAAAGGCAUCGCUGGAAUCGGAAAAACCGUCUCUGUGCAGAAGUUCAUUCUGGACUGGGCCGAGGGAAAAGCCAAUCAGGAUGUAGAUUUCAUGUUUGUGCUUCCAUUUCGAGAGCUGAACUUGAUCCGAGAUCAUCAGUACAGUCUUCACAGACUUCUGCUGGACUUUCAUCCUGAACUUCAAGAUCUGGACUCACAGAUUUAUGAGGAGUGUAAAGUUGUGUUCAUCUUUGAUGGUCUGGAUGAAAGCAGAAUCACACUGAUGUUUUCUGAUGAUCCUAAAGUUUGUGAUGUGACUGAGACUUCAUCAGUGGCUGUGUUGAUGUCAAAGCUCAUGAAAGGAGAGCUGCUUCCCUCUGCUCUCAUCUGGAUCACCUCCAGACCAGCAGCAGCCAAUCAGAUCCCCUCCAAAUACAUCCACCGUCUGACAGAAAUUCAGGGAUUCACUGAGCCUCAGAAGGAGGAAUAUUUCAGGAAGAGAAUCAGUGAUGAGCAUCAAGCCAGCAGAAUCAUCUCACACAUCAGAAGAGCAAGAAGCCUCCACAUCAUGUGCCACAUCCCCGUCUUCUGCUGGAUCUCAUCCACUGUGCUUCAGAAGCUCCUGGAAGAAGAUCUGAGAGCAGAAAUCCCUCAAACUCUGACUGAAAUGUACAUCCACUUCCUGCUGAUUCAGAUCAACAUGAGGAAGCAGAAGUAUGAAGAGAGCGAUCCAGAGAAACUCCUGCAGUCCAACAGAGAAGUGAUUGUGAAACUUGCUGAAGUAGCUUUCAAACAGCUGAUGAAGGGCAAUGUGAUGUUCUAUGAGGAGGACCUGAUUGAGAGCGGCAUACACAUCACUGAUGCUUCAGUGUAUUCUGGGAUUUGCACUGAGAUCUUUAAGGAGGAGUCUGUGAUUCAUCAAAGGAAAGUCUACAGCUUCAUUCAUCUGAGCAUUCAGGAGUUUCUCGCUGCUUUCUAUGUUUUUAACUACCAUGUAAAUGAAACUAUGGAGCGACUGAAGAAUUUAGCUUCAGUAAAAUAUUUGCUUAAAGGUGUAGUAGAUGAAGCGCUUGAGUGUGAGAAUGGACUGCUCGAUCUGUUCCUGCGGUUCCUGCUGGGCGUCUCACUGGAGUCCAAUCAGAGACUCUUACAGGAUCUACUGACACACACAGAGAACAGCUCAGAGAGCAUCAGGAGAACCACACAGUACAUUAAAGAGAAGAUUAAAGAUGGACAUGAACUCUCCACUGAAAGAUCCAUCAAUCUGUUCCUCUGUCUGCUGGAAGUGAAAGAUCAGAGUCUGUCCAGAGAGAUUCAGGAGUUUGUGAAAUCAGACAAACACUCAGAGAAGAAACUCUCUCUUGCUCACUGCUCAACAAUCGCCUACAUGCUUCAGAUGUCAGAGGAGCCGCUGGAUGAGCUCGACCUCAAGAAAUACAACACAUCAGACGAAGGGAGAAGAAGACUCAUACCAGCUGUGAUCAACUGCAGAAAAGCCCUUCUUGCUGUCUGCAGUCUAACUGCUCAGGAUUGUGAAGUUGUGUCAUCAGCUUUACAAUCCUCAGACUCUGUCCUGAGAGAGCUGGAUCUGAGUAACAAUGACCUGAAGGAUUUAGGAGUUAAGCUGCUUUCUGAUGCACUGAAGAGUCCAAACUGUCAGCUGAAGAUACUGAGGUUGUCUGGCUGUAUGGUGACAGAGGAAGGCUGUGGUUAUUUGUCUUCAGCUCUGAGUUCAAACCCCUCACAUCUGAGAGAGCUGGAUCUGAGCUACAAUCACCCAGGACCAUCGGGAGUACAACUACUCAAACACAAGCUGGAGGAUCCAAACUAUAAACUGCAGAUACUCAAUUUGGACCACGGAGAACCUUUCAGAAUCACAUCCGGACUGAGGAAAUAUGCCUGUGAUCUCACACUGGAUCCAAACACAGCACACACUCAACUCGUCCUGUCUGAGGAUUACAGGAGGAUGACACAUGUGAAAAAACCACAGCAGCAUCCUGAUCAUCCAGAGAGAUUUGAGCUCUAUGAGCAGGUUCUGUGUCGAGAGAGUCUGACUGGACGCUGUUACUGGGAGGCUGAGCGGAGCGGGUUGGCAGCUGAUGUUGCAGUGACAUAUAAAGGAAUCGAGAGGAAAGCAGGGAGUAAUUGUUGGUUUGGAUACAGUGAUAAAACAUGGAGUCUGUACUGCUCUGCCAAUGAAUUCACUGUCUGGCACAAUAAUAUGAGCAGGAAUAUACCAGUCCGUUCAUCCUCUAAAAGAGUAGGAGUGUAUCUGGACUGGUCAGCUGGCACUCUGUCCUUCUACAGCGUCUCUGACACACACACACUCACACACUUACACACAUUCAACACCACAUUCACUGAACCCCUCUACGCUGGGUUCAAGGUUUAUGAUUCUGAACUGUCUCUGUGUCAGAUUGAACAACCUGCUGCAAGAAACAACUGAGACAUUGAAAGAGGUGAGCACAAAGAUUCACAAAUACGCACUUGUCAAAAAAGUAUAAAAAUUCUGUACAAAAUAAUGGCAUGAUUAAAUUAUAAUUUAUUAUUAAAUAGGUUUUUAAGUUUAUCAUGUAGGUUAAAAUAUUGUUUUAGGAACUGUGUUUGUCAAACAUUUCAUUCCAGCAUUGUCCCUAAUACUGAGUUUACUGUACACUGCUGCAAGACAAUAUGAAGAAAAGUAGCUCAGUUAGCCAGCAUAAAGACUACUUUCUCACAAAAAGUU